AGAGUUCACAGUCAAGAUACCAUCAUAAUAAAAGAUGGACCUAAAAAGAGUUAAAAAUGAAGAGAAGUUGGUUCUUUGCAGGAAGUAUUAUUUAGGUGAACAUUCUGGCUAUAACAAAAACAUAAAUUAUGACAACUAAUUUUGAAUUAAUUUAAUAAAUUGUUGCUGAGACACCAUUUAAACACUAGGGAGGUAUUUGUUCAUCUUGUUUGUGUUAACUGUUGGUAACUCUUUAUUGGCAGCUGGAUUUUUCAUCCUUCCUUUUCUGUGGUUCAUCAACUGUAUUUGGUUCUUCAAUGAAGCUUUCAGGAAGCCCGAAUAUCCUGAACAAUCACAGAUUCGAACAUGUAAGUUCCAGGUUGAUUUAAAUAUUUUAAAUUUAAAGGAUCAUGUAAUUUUUUAAGGUAAUUGGGAAAAAGUUUUUUCAGAGCGCUUUUAAAUCAAAUUUAAUUUCUACCUAAAAUAGUACUUACACGAAGCUAACAAUAAAAAUUAGAAAGUGAUUCUGUUAUGAAUAAUGAUAAGAUGACAUCAGUUAAUCACUAAGGAAUUAUUAAGUAAAUUCUUCAUUCAGCACAUGUAAUCAGAGUGUUAGCAGAAAUAAGCAAUGUGUGUAGAGCAUAAAGGUGGGGAGUAAAGAACUCAAGAUAAAAAAGGUUGGGUUUAAGAAGAGAGGCACUGACGCCAAGCACAUAAGGAGAUAAUGUAAAAAUGGAACACCGUCAUUUUGUGUGACAUAUUCAUUUGUGUCAGUGCCUAAUGGCAUGGGUCAGUUACUAGUACUAAUGAAAGAAAAAUAAACUUUAAUUCCAUAGAUUGUUGAUUUCCAUUGAGUUUACUUUGGAAUCUAAUACCCGAAAAGGACAAAAUACCACAAAAUAAAUAGUUCUUCUUUUACUAAGCACCAUCUUGCUAUUUGCAUUAUAUCUUCCACUUAUUUCUCUAUUUGUUAGAUGUUAUUCGCUCAUUAAUUGGAGCUUUGGUGUGGAUGACAAUGAUCAUUGCGUGGGUGGCUGUGUUUCAAGUCAAUCGUGUUUCAUGGGGAAUAGCUGGUGAAAUGUUGACCUUUGUUUUACCCACUGGAAAAGAAUAAAGAAAACUGUCAACAGAACUUUUUCACCAACCAUAUUUCUGUAAAAUAAAUUACUUAUUUUAUGCUGUUUAAGUUUGUUUCUCCUUUUGUAAAUAGAGUUGUGUUUCCCUCUUAUUUGAUUAGAGAAAAAAUAAUUUUUUUUAAAUGAAUUAAAAAUUAAUGUGGUUUUUAUUAUAUAAUAUUAAUUUAUUUUUGUCAUAUUUUCAUUUUUUUAAAAAUUUUUUGGGGGGUUAUUGCUGCAAUCAACCUGUUUAAAAAAGUUAGGUGCAUUUUUGGGCACAAUUUUGAAUUCUUCAAGUCCUUUAAUUAUAACAUUCCAUUCUACAAUAAAUGUAAAAAGAAACAUAUUUCUAUAUCUUCACUAACUAGCGUCAUUAAAACCUAUUAUGCGUCAUUAAAUGAAAAUUAUAUAUCAUCAACUAGUACCAUCAGGCUGAUUUCAAAAGCAAAAAAAGAAGCACACUUUUCUUUCAGUUCAUAAUCCAUUUUUGAACAACCUAGUCAGAAACUGGAGUUUCUUAUUCAUCCAAUUUACCUAGAUAAGUGUGGAAUAACAGCUUUGUUGAUUAUUUUUUAAAAUUUCAUCUAAUGGUCUGAGGAAUAUUCCUCAUUAAUUCAAACAUGUAUAUACAUUUAUUUAUUUUUUAAAAUGUCAGUAUUUGUAUUCGUCAUGUUGACUUAUUGUAAACUUUUAGGCAACAAAAAUUAUGAAUCCACGAGAUAAUGCUUAUUAAUGCAAUCAGUUAAUUUUUGUUUCACUAAAUAAUUUUUAGUUUGUCACAUCCAGUUUAAUUGAAAAUUACAGUCUAAUGAAGUUUUUUAAUCACACCUUUUAAAUGCAAGCAAACUUAUUUUUUUAAAAACUAAGAUAAAUGAGCAGUUAACAGACCCAUCUCAAUGUGCUUGUUGCCAUUUAAAUGUUGAUGAAAUAAAAUAUACAACUUUUUUACUUUACGGCUUCUUCCAUUGUAAAUGAACACUUUAAAAAAUAUUAUUACAAUACAGCACAUUUAAAAAUGUGUUUUACUUGCAAAAUGUCUAAUAUGAUCUUUCUAAAAUGUUGAUUGGCCUCCCUCAGUGUACUUGACACAGGCCUCCUGUACUGUAGUGCAUAUGAUGAAUACACUAGCAGUUAGGGGACUCGUUUAAAGAGAAGAAGUAUUUUGAUCCUCUGUAAAGAAAUUGUAGAAAACCACUUUUCUUUAUAAAUUUUUACAUUUAAUAUGUCUUUAAAUGGGCCUUUUUAGAAAUUGAUUGAAAUUUACAACUUAAAAAUUGCAUAAUUCCGUUUUUUUUUUCUCCUACAUUCUAAAAUCACCGGUAAUUAGGUUGUAUAUUUGUAUUGUAUGAAUUUUACAAAAUGAUCAGGUAUUGACAUUUCUAAUGGGUGUUUUUAGAAAUUGAUUGAAUUUUCCAACUUUGAAAUAAGAAAUUAUGUAAUUUCAAACUUGUAAGUUUGUUGUUUUUUUUCAUUGGAUUUUAGAUUGUAUCUUUGUAUGAAUUUUACAAAAUGAUCAGCUAAUGGCAAUUAUAAGUAUUUUUGUCAUUACUUCAAAACUAUUUUUUAAGUUGUUGAAUUAACAUCAAUUUCUGCAUGUUUUGUUUUCAAUUAAGUUGUAGUCAAAUAUUUUCAAGGAAAGGAAUGUUGUGGAUGUAGAAGGGGAACAAAGCAUUAUUCACUAUAAAAGUUUUUAUUGAUCGAUUUUUUUUUCUAAAUUGUAAAAUUGAUAUCAAAUUGAACACACCAAAGAACUUUUGAAAACAUUUAUCUACAUGCUACAUAGUUGUACAAUUUAAAACUAAAUAUUUGAAAAUGGAUUUCAUAAAAAGGACAAUAUUUCAAUGAUAGCUCAUAAUAAUAAAUUUGUUUUUUUUGCGGCCUUUUUUUAAAUGCAUGUGAUGCCUUAUAAUGAAUUUCACUACCGUAUAGAGAAAUUUUUAAAAUUAGUUGAAAUAUUACCAAAAUCUUUAAAUUGCUUAAGAAUUUGCUUAAAAUAUAAAUAUAAUAAUAUAUUUAAAGAAUCUUUUUGGUAACCUCCGUAGAGAAGCAGCUUUGAAUGCAGCUUUUCUACAAUGAGACAGCACUCUUCAAAUGUAUGUCUAAUCCUGAAAUAAAAAAGCCCAAUAAAGCAAAAAUGUCUAACGAUUUUAAGGUG